GACUCCUCACAUUCCCAUGCAUCUAAACACUGGCUGUUCAUUGGUGAAACCGCCCUGCCUUCUACUACUAAACCUCAGCACAGCCUUAUCUUAUCUGCGAGGGCACGGGCACAAUUUUUAAUCAUAACCUGACCUCACAAAUCCGUGUGUAGUCCUCCUGUAAUGUGGGGCGUUCGUGGCACACAUACUACUAAUCCCUGGAUCCUCAGAGAAGGACCAUGAUGAUUUCUGGGACGGUGUUGCCAGGGGGAAGGUGGCGACUGGGACCUGUUGGAAAUGACAGCUGAAGAAGGCGGAUUGAAGCACAGGAAUCACAAUAACAGUAAACAUAGAAGAUAGCGGAGAGACUCCCUCGGAUCACUGUGUAAAGGGGUUGUAGACAUGGAGUCCCUGAUGAGUGCGGUGGCCCCGCGCUCCCCAGCCCCCGCCAAGAAGCUGUCAGAGGUCGACUUCCGGUCGGGGGCGACCCUGGAGCAGUUGUCAGCGCAGGUGUCCGAGCUGGUGGUACUGGAGCAGGGAGAGUUCGGAGACCAGACUGCCUUAGAGGUCCACACCGCCAAGGACUUUAUCUUCAACAUGCUCGGAUUAGUCCAAAAAGUGGACCAGCGCCUCCCGGUGGCCAAUGAGUACCUGCUGCUGUCAGGCGGGGCCCGAGAGGGAGUCUUGGACCUCAACCCAGAGGAUCUUGGGGACUACGCCAAAGGGGCCGACUUUGACCUGGAAUUCACCCUGCUGGUGCCCGCCCUCAAGCUCCACGACCGCAACCAGCCCGUCACGCUGGACAUGAGGCACUCCCCCCCCUGCCACUCCUGGCUCAGCCUCCGCCUCUGCGACUCCAAUGUCAUGUCCCGCUGGAGCAUCUGCUGCCAGGAGGAGAACGGACUCCCCGCUGAGGAGGACGAGGAGGAGGAGGAGGAGGGGGAUAUGUGUAAAGGUUCCAUCCCCUCUCUGGACUCCCCUCAGUCUCUGGACGGGUGCUACUUCUCCCCCUCCCUGGUGACAGACUGGUUCUGGGGGGUGGUGAGCGAGGCUGUGGACGAGCUGAGGCGCAGCCCCCAGAGAGGCAUUCCCACCCCGGACCGACUGGAGAGGAAUGGCCCCCUCACCACUAUCAUCCUCCAGGCGGGAUCGAGCCGGGUGCUGUACGACCUCCUGCCCGUGGUGUCGUUCCGGGGCUGGCCUGCCGUGGCUCAAGGCUGGCUGACGGCCAACCACUUCUGGGAUGGUAAAAUCACAGAGGAGGAAGCCAUAUCGGGCUUCUAUCUGCUUCCCUGCUGCUCCCCGCUGGGUGGCCGGCCCGACAGGGAGUGGAGGCUGGCAUUCUCCCGCAGCGAGGUUCAGUUGAAGAAGUGCAUCCCGUACCCCAUGGCCCAGGCUUUCCAAGCAGCGAAGGCUGUGUUGUCCCGUAUCCUCUCCCGACCUCGCCGGGGCCUCAGCCUCUAUCAUCUGCGUACCCUCCUCUUCUGGGCCUGCGACCGACUUCCUGCCUCCUACCUGUCGUGCUCUGACCCCGACACCGCUGGCCGCCUCCUCCUAGGUCUCCUUGAUGACCUCGCUCAUUGCAUCCUGGGUAAAAACUGCCCGAACUACUUCCUGCCCCAGUGCAACAUGCUGGAGCACCUCACAGACAGCCAGGCGCUGCUCGUCGCCAGGAAGCUCGCCCACCUGCGAUCGGAUCCCAGCGAGCACCUGCGGGCGGCCCUGCAUCAGGCCCAGCAGGCGGGGCAGCUGAAGAAGGAGCUAACAGCUAGCACCAACGGCCACGGAUCCCCCGGGCACAACCCAGCCAACGGCAUCAUCUCCCCGUCGGAGGACAAGCUGGCACAGCGACUGCAGCAGCUGGUCACUGAGAACCCUGGGAAAUCCAUAUCGGUCUUUCUCAACCCCGAUGAUGUCACCAGGCCGCACUUCCGCAUCGAUGACAAGUUUUACUGACAUGUUUCGACGUGUGGGAAUGUGUUUAGCUAACAAACACGGCCUAAAAAUGACGUCAAAGGGUGAGAGGAAUACAAAUCAGGCACGGAACUGAACACACUCCUCAACAACGCCUUGCUGCUGACUCUUUAAACCAAAAACAAAUGUCCUACUACUGACGUCACAACAGACAUGAUGUCACCAAGCUGUUGCCACGGAGACGGCCCUCUCCUAACGAGCUGGCCUUAACGAGACUCAUCAGCUGGUGCUACAAAGACAAGGGCCGGCUUUAGUCUUGUGAAACAAGUCCAGUGGAACUCAAAACAAAAAGUGCGUGUGUGUGUGUGUGUGUGCGUGUGUGUGUACGCCUAAGGGUUUUCACAUAUUACUUCUUAAGAUGGAGAGAAAAGCUCCUUGAUUGCUGCGUUUCUCCCUCCCGUUUGUUUUAGAUCAGCAAUGGCUGGAAAACAAGGUGUGGCUGAUGUAACUGAAUGUAAUGUUGUGAGGAGAGUCUCUUUUCUCUGUCGACUACAUUUUAGCCCACUUCUUUUUCCACCCCCAAGCCACCAUUUAUGACAUCUUUUUCAUUUAAAAAAUUAUCUUUCUCAGGUAUUCAUAGUACUUAUCAUUUUUGUAUGUAUAUGAUUCAUUUAAGGUCUUAAUCUAUGUUUCAAUGCCUCUUACAUUUCAUUGGGUAGUGGAAUGUACCAAAGAGCUGCGUUUGUGCGGUUUUGCAAAGAGAAACGUACAUCUUAUUUUGAUGAGUCAUGGUCAGAAUGUUAAUCAACCUUUUCUCCUUCUGAAGGUCUGGUCACUACAGCAGCUACAAUGCAACACUGGCAAAAAUCAAUCAUUCCAAUGGAAUCAGUGCAGAAGUUAGACUUGAUAAUACGUUUAAAACAGGGAUUUAUGACAGUUAUACAACAGGUGUCGUUGGUACAAAUACGUCUCUUGAAAAUACUGACUCAUUGUCCUGUUAGCGGCAAAGCUAAUGAGUUUUGCUUAUGAUUAGCUAGCUUGUUUUUCCCCCUCUUUAUUGGAAUCCUUUAUUGAUUAAAACUAUUUCAGAUCUUGAGAACAAGGCACAGAGCAAGUGGAAAUAAGUUGGGUUAGCUAUCUGUGAAUAAUCACUACCAGAGUUUUGACAUUUAUUGAUUAUUUACUGUUUUAAUGAAAAGAACAAAAUGGCAAAUAAUAACCCCUUGCCAAAUGUUCUUUUAUUCUCCUUUCUCAAUGAUGGUUAAUUGACUGUAUUUGUGUUUCAGAUUGUUGAUUAGCUAAACAAGUCAUUUGAAGACACCACUAUGGGCUCUGUGACAUUUUACACAAACAAAAGUUACCAAUAAUGAAAACGUACUUUGCUGUGCUACCUUCUGCCGUGACCAGGCCUCGGAAAACGGUUGACACUGAAAAGGAUGGGAAUGUAAAAUGUAUUAAACUUGCUAAUUAUAUUAUAAUACAAUGUCUAUCUUGUAUUGUACUAAGAUGUAAGGGUUGCUACAUUAUACGUGAAACCCUUGGAGCUUUUUCAAGUUCUGUUCCCCUACCUGAGCGGACAUUUUGGUCUUUUGUGUUUGGAGUGUUAAGGUAGGCCCUUUAUAAGGGAUCUAGAAAAUAUAUAUAUAUUGAGAUACGAGGAAUCUAAUUAUGAGUGUACUGGGCAAAAACACAGGUCUAGAAUCAGGACUUUGGCUAUUUAUCACGACUAAUUCAAGGUACUUCACUUUCAAAACGGCCCGGCACAUCUUCAUCUAUUAACUUUCCGUUGAAGUUUUGUUUGUCUCUCGAUUUUGGAAACUGGUUCCAACCUGAGUGAUUCUGAUAAUUGUCCCCCGUCUCCUCUGCAUGGUUGGACUUUUUUAAUGAGCUUUGCGUGUGUGUGUGUGUGUGUGUGUGUGUGUGCACCCAGAGACGAGGCACACAGCAGGACGCAGACAAACACCCAGAUGCUGCCCGCUGCAUUUCACCCUCAGUGGGUGCGUGUUAGUCGCUGCGCCCUAUCGUUGCUCAGCAGACGGGAAUCAUCCACAGGGGGACGGGGGGAGGACAGGCCUAUCUCUGCUCCCUUGAAGACGGAAGACAGGCCUUGCGGGGCCUGGACAGCUGCCUCUUUCUCCUGUAUUCUGCUUUCUCUCACACUCUUUUUGCUCCUCUUCCUCCCUCCUAACACCCACAUAUCUCCUCACAGGGUUGGCUUCUUUAUUUCUUUUAAGAUCCAGAGCAGCAAAAACUCUUCUAAUCUUAUGUUUACACUCUUUACACCAAUUUGAUUAGGAGUUAUAAAGCUAGUUAAUGGUGCAGUGGAGACAUAAUAAUAACCAGACGAGCAUUAAUGUCAAUUCUUUGGGUCUUAAUGUAAGUCAUUUGAGACAAAGUUGACAAACUAAUGGGGUUUCAACAAAAAAAUGCUGCUAUACUUGUGCAAAGGCAAGAUUUAAAAGCUACAUGCACAUGAUUGGUUACAGUUUAUUUUAAAUGUCAACGUGGUGAUGGUUAAUUCAUUUAAAGCUGCUGGUGUGAAUAUUUCCGAGUUUUCUAUUAGAACAUCUGCUCUAAAAUCUCAUGUGCUUACUACUGGAUGAUUUUUUUUUUUUGUACUGCAUCCAUCUGUUCUGAUGUGUAUGAAUUGAAAACCAAAGCGUGUUGUUGAGACGUUGCAGAAUGUGUGUGUCCGUUAGAGUUUUCAGCACUUUUUCCGAGACAGGCUCAAAUAUCAAAUUACUUUAAGACAGAAGAAAUGCAGCAUUUAUUUAUUUAUCGGAAAUGUAAAAGGUACCUUCUCAUUGCCUCUGUUAUGUUCGACUGAGUAUCAGUUGUGUGUCUCACUCUGUACCUUAUUGGGCCUAGUUAGAGAUUACUAAACACUGGAAAGAAUCACAAUAUUAAAAUGUACGGUGUCAGAUUUUAGAUAUGCAAUCAAUCCUUCUACUCUAAUUCCUACUGUAAUAGUGAAAGGGUAUCUGCUGUCCAGGGGUUGCAUGAUGACACUCCCAAACAUCUGUUUUUCGUGCUGAAACCUCUGAUGAUUAUUUUUCAGAUUCUGCGCAUAAAUAACUGACUGAAUACGAUGAAUGUAUCCAACAUAUCUCCAAUCUGUUCCCCCCUGGAGGCUCACCGCUAUCUGCACCGAUACACUCCGAUCCGAUAAGAGUCUGUUCUGAAUCACUCCACACUUUGAGAAAUGUCAUAUCUCUGUUAUUACUUGAGGUCUUUUCUUUUUUAAUAAGUGCAAAUUAUUUUCUCUAUCAUGAUAUGCUGUAUUUAUUACUGUUCUUUUCUGGGGGUUUAUAUUGAUCAAGCUUUAGCAUGGAAUAAAUCACUACAUUUCAAAUCA